CCUCUCUCUCUCUCCUACUUUCUCUUUCUCUCUCUAUCUGUAUCUCUUUCUCUCUCUUCAAAACUCUCUUUAACGCAUAUUCACAGAUGGGAGGUGAAUCGGGGGUGUUUAAUAUGGUACAAACCCGCUUUAUGGAGAGAAAGAGAACCUGAUGCCCUUUUUGAUGUGUGAGUGGGUGGUCCUGUUUUUCUCACUUCUCUCUCUCUCUCUCUUCCUCUUUCUCCCUCUAGAGUUGCAUAGUAGUCUUCAAAGACUUCAUCUUUUCUUUCUCAUUUCUCAGUCGGAACCAACCCAGAAAAAAGAGGCUUCAAAACCAAAUAAUCCCAUCAGCGCUGCGAUUUCUUUGAUCUUGGAUUGAUGUUAUGGAUGAAGAUUCCAGUGGGGUUGUUUGAUUUUUCAUCUCUGCUGCUUUCUGCUAGUGUUUCUGGUGCUGCUUGGAGUGAACAGUAAUAGUUCUAGAGCGAGAAAGAGACUUAGAGAGAGAAAGGGUCAUUAUAUAUGCUGAAAUCUAAGUUCAAGAUAAGGUGUGGAGGUAGAGAAGAUAUUACUAGAGCUUGUGACUGUUGGGAAAACAGCACAAGUAGAAGAGAGAAGAAGAAGCAGCUUUCCAUCAGAUGUUAUCUUUUGAAAAACUUCCACCAGAUCCCCCAUGUCAUCAUCCCCAGCCUUUGAUCAUCAAAGAUGCUAGUACUAGUCAUGAGCAGCCACUAGAUCUAUCUAAUAAUCCACCCCUUCCUAAAUUCUCCAUCAGAGAUUAUGUUUUUACAUCCCGGAGCAAAGAUAUCGAGACCAACUGGCCUUUUUCUCAGAAGAAUUUGCAACUUUGCUUGAAACAUGGCGUGAACGAUCUGUUGCCGCCAUUUCAGAAGCUUGAUGCAGUUAGAAACCAACCCGUCAAGAGAUGUACGGUUGAAAGUGAAAAGAAAAGCAAUCUUGAUGUUUCAGAAUCUUCCGGGCAAGAUGAUCAUGCAGUAUUAAAGUCUUCGUCAAACGAUACCAAGUUGAAGGAAAAGCUAACAGAAGCUUGCACAGAGACUACAACAACCACUUCAUGCAGGUCUGAAGGAGAAAAUGAUUUUCCAUCCACACUUACGAGUGUUUCUCAAUCUGAAAUAGAAGAGUCAGUUCCUACGAACAGGCCGUCGAGGUUGCCGUUAGAAAUUGAUACUUCCUUGGAAGCUGCAUCAGUUGAAGUACUUGAAGCUGCAGGUCCCCCCGUUGUUGUUGUUAACAAGACCGGAAACACGACGCGACCCUCGGGUAAGAAGUGCAGAUUGGUGGUGAAAUUCGGUAGCCACUCAGAGAGAGGAUCAACCGAAGAUAUUGCGUCGAAUGCUACUACCAUUUCAGAAACAAUGACUUCAAAAACUUGCCCUGUUUGCAAAACCUUCUCAUCAUCUUCUAAUACCACCUUGAAUGCUCAUAUUGAUCAGUGCCUUUCUGGGGAGGCAACUCCCAAGUGGGCUGUGGAUUCAAAACCGGUUACAAGGUACAGAAUUAAGCCGAGGAAGACCAAAUUGAUGGUGGAUAUAUAUACUACUGCCCAGCAUUGCACAUUAGAAGAUCUCGAUAGAAGAAAUGGCUCGAGCUGGGCCACGAGCGUUUCAAGCUUUCCUACUCGGGAUAAGAAGUCUGAGGUGCCGGUUGAAGAGAAAAGGCGAAGAGUAUCCUCAGUCCAUCCUGAUGAUAUUGAUGUCGGUCCAGUCUAUGUAGACGCCAAUGGCACGAAAGUUAGGAUUUUAUCGAAGUUUGAUGAUGCACCAUCUCCAUCAGUGCCUAAAGAGGUAGAGCAUCUUCGACCAAGAAAACCUUUGAAACCCGGCAAAGGAAGCAAAUUCCUUUCAGCGAAAAAGCAAAAGCGCCAUCCAUCUAAACAUCAGAAGUACCUUAAACUUGCUCCUCAAAGCAAAGAUCUUCUCUCUCCUAAGGCUCAUUCUUCUCAGAUUCAUGGGGGUCAAGAAACAUGUGAAGCGAAAGAAAAUUCCGAGGAAGGACAGCAAAUGGAAGAGCAGCUCAAUUCCUGUAAUGCUGGAGCUUUAAGAGGAUGGGCUUGCUCCAAACGCACUGGUGUUGUAAAGAAGUUGAACAAGAAGCAUGUGUCUCAGGACUUUUUGGUUGAGAGUGAUCAAACAUAUUUAGAUAACUGUCGUGUGGAGGGAAACUGUGGUAGAAAGGUAAUGAAUUUGUCUGGAAAUCCAAUUUCUUCUCCUGAAAAAAGUGGGAGCACAGAGAAUGCAUGUGAUGAAGCUCAAGCUAGUGAGAAAAGUGACUGCUCUCCUUGGAGAAAGAGAGCAGGAAGCCCCUUUCCUGGUGAGCAAAGCCAGCAUCAGUUUAGCAAAGACACAACUUUUUCGCCUAAUAGUUGCACGCUAAACCGUACAUACUCUGAUGUGAACUUUGCACCUGUGUUGAGCAACAAUACAAUUGGUUCUGCUGCGGAUUUCACCGAAAAUUUUGAUUGUGCCCCUCGCGCUAGCAAAAAACUAUCUAAGAGUCGUGAUGCCCCCAGAUCAAAUGCCAGGAAAUCCCUCCCGCCAAAGAAAAAUGUGUUGGCUAUUGGCAGGCGGGUAUCUUUGACUGAAUCCAGUCCCAGUGUCGCUAUGAAUUGCUCAGCUGCUAAGAAUCAAGGGCAAAGGGAAGAAAUAGAUAAAGAGGUUGCUGCCUGGGAUUCUGAGGCUGAUCAACAGUAUGAUUUCAUGCAUAAUUUUGCUGGAAAGCGGUUUCGAAAAGAUUGUAGCGAUGAAGUAUCAGUAUCCAGAAGCACUGUGUUGCAGAGGAGAAAAUGUAGAGGUUCCUUAAGUAGCUCUAGAAGGGAUGAACCCAUGGCCUUGGAAGGUUCUCAAUUUGCACCUGAGUUUUAUGGACAUGAUGAGAGGGAAAAGAUGGAUACUUCUGUUACCGUUCGUGAUGAAUAUCUGGAAAAAGUUGAUGGCCUGGGAGGUUCUGAGAGGGAAGAUCAAAUCCAUGAUGGUGACAUGGUUAGUGAAAAUCCUGCCCUAAUAGGUUUCUGUGAAACCGAAGCAGUAACAAGUCCAACUGAUCCAAGCAUUAGUAAUGAGCAAGAGAUGUUUUGUGGUGAUGGACUGGAAGAUGGCACACUAGGGCAGAAUGUUCAUAGCAUGGAGGAAAUGGACUCUGAUGAUGGCCAAGGAAGCUAUUUUCCUGAGGUUGAUCCAAUACUUAUCCCAGGGCCACCAGGAUCGUUUUUGCCAAGCCCUAGGGAUAUCGGGUCGGAUGAUUUUCAAGGGAAUUCGUCACUAACCACGAGCCGAGUUCAAUCAUCUCAAGAUCAGCUUGAUUUUAUUGAUGGGGAUUCAUCAGAUUCACCAGUUUCUACAACAUCAACCAUCUCUAAUUCCAGAGGGACAAAGUUUGACCUGAAGCAUUCUGAACCGUCAUCUUCCAUAGGACCUCAAUCUGCUCAGGACAAGAUCAGGCCGGGCCUAUCACGUGCAGUUAGUGGUACUUCUGAAGAAAUUAAUGCCACUGCAGCCCAACAUAUAACUGGUACAGCAGCUGAAAGACUUUCUUUUGAUAGAGAAAACUUUAAGGUCACCAAGAUAUCUCUCGAGAGGGGACCUAUCAGCUUCAAAAGUAACGAUCAGCCAUGCUGUUGUCAACGAAAGGAGAGAACUUCUCAGGGUUUGGCUUUAAAUUAUCAAGAAUCACCACUAUUAAUGCGGCGAGCAAUGGCACUGCCUGCCAUGGGAAAGCAAAUGGGUGGCAAUCCAAACACAAGAACUAACAAUUUGGAGUCGGGGUCUGACAUGACAGACUCGUUCUUUCUGAGUGGUGGUACAACAUUGAGAUCUGAACAGGCAGUUUUUCCUGUCACCAAGUCAUCAUCCAGUCACCAUCCUUCGAAGGGUUCUCCAGAUGGCAAAGGGAAGUUGUCAGGUCACAGUGAAAGUGAUUCUUUUAGUCCAUCUGCUUCUAAUUCGAUACUCAGGCUAAUGGGAAAGAAUUUGAUGGUGGUCAACAAAGAGGAAGAUACAUCAGUUCCACCGGUGCAGGCUCAACCACUUGCGCAAACUAACCAUCUAACUUCACAGUUUCCAACCUUCUCAGGAGUUGUUCCUGGCAAUCUUCAGAAUCAGUUCUAUCAUUCCUUUCAACAUAACAAAGUGGGGGAAUGUUUUGACGCAAGUGCAGCGCACUUCAACAGUUUUAGAAGCUAUAGCAAUCCGAGGACACCACAAGUGGUUGCACGAGGACCUGCAAGCUUGUUUCCAAAGCAUCAUACAGAUGGCAGUUUUGUGGCAUCCAUGGAACCUCAUGAGUAUAACGGCGAUCAUAAUUUUCCAAUGCCACAGAACAGGUAUAUAAGCAAACCCAUUGGAGGAGCACCCGCGUUUCAUAUGGAGAGAAUUAUGAACCCUCCUGACCGCCAACGCAAGAAUGGACAUUCUGCUUUCAGUGCCAGUAAAGAAAUUAUCAUCAUUGAUGAUGUUCCGGAAAGUGAAGCUGAUUUGACCUGCAGUGUUGCAAAGUACUCUGAAGGGUUGAGGGAAAGCCAAGUAGUUUGUUCCGUCAGUCCAGUUCCAGCAGCUCCCAGUUAUAACUCAAAGCGUGUGAAUAAUCCUUUCUCUCGUUAUGAGUCACAGGAACCUUCUUUACUUUGUGGAUCACCCGUUUUGUACAACACCACCUUGCAUGCAGUUCCCUCCAGGCUAGCCAAUAAUAGUAGUCCUGUUAAGUGGAGUUGUACUACUUCAGAAGGCUCGGGUGUGCAGCACCGGGCUUCUUUUCUUGCAGCACCAUCGCCAAGAGGACAUCUGAGAUCUACACUGUACGAUUCACCGAGCUUGUCAUAGAAAAACAUGUCGCGUUUGAAUGAGGAGAAAUGGCGUGCAGUCCACAUGCUGUUACUCUACCAAACGUUGGUUCGAAAUCAUGCAAUUUUUUUUCAGGUUUCUGCUUAGGCAUGCUUUAAGCUAUCCAGAGAAUAGACAGUGUUUUUAAGGAAAAUCCAUGAAUAAUAUACAGUUGACAUAAAAGCUUGGCUCGAAAGUGAAUAUUUUCGAGCAUCAGUAUAAGUAAGGCGUUUAUGUCCCUUUUUUUCUUCUUUCUUAUAGAAUUUUGUUAGAGGUACUUAAUUUCCUUGUGUGUUCGGCCUCUCCUUGAUCAAAUGUGAAGCACAGCACCAUGUUCUAGUCUUGAAAA